CAAUAAUUAGAGGAGAGAGAUAGACGUGUUUCUUCCCUUUCAGACUUCAAAACUUCAAAACGCGCUUAGAUUUAUCGUUACUCUUUUGCUUGAAAUCAAAAAUCAAGUAGGAAAAGAAACAAAAAAUGACUGAAAUUCAGGAGUUGCCGGAAGGAUGCAUCGCCGCCAUACUGUCUCGUACUACUCCCGUUGACGCCGGCAGAUUCUCCGUCAUUUCCAAGACUUUCCGUUCUGCGGCCGACUCCGAUGCCGUCUGGAAUCAAUUCCUCCCUUCCGAUUCCAAUUUCAUAGCUUCUGUUGUUUCACAUUCUCCCUCACUUGGCAACGCCCCUACCAAGAAGGCUCUCUAUCUCGCUCUCUCCGAUCACCCUAUCAUCAUCGAUAAUGGUCACAAGAGCGUUCAAUUGGAUAGAAAAACUGGAAAGUUUCGUUACAUGCUUGCUGCUAGAUCUCUCACUAUUAUUUGGAGUGAUCAUGACCAAUACUGGGACUGGAUUGAAUUGCCUGAAUCCAGGUUCCCUGAAGUUGCUGAGCUUCGUGAUGUAUGUUGGUUUGAUAUUCAGGGUACGAUAAACACCGUUGCAUUGUCCCCAAAUACUGAGUAUGCAGCUUAUCUUGUGUUCAAGAUGGUUGGUGCCCGUGGAUUUCAGAACCGUCCCAUAGAGUUAUCAGUUUUUGUCGAAGGUGGACAUAGUAAUACUAAAAAUGUCUGCUUGGAUCCUGAUGUGGAAGGUAGGUCUCACGACAGAGUAGUAGGAUUGGAAUGUCCUAAUGUGAGAAGUGAUGGGUGGUUGGAGAUUGAGAUGGGAGAGUUCUUCAAUUCAGGCAUAGAGAAUGAAGAAGUCCAUAUGAAGGUUUUGGAGACUAAGGGUGGUAAUUGGAAGAGAGGUUUCAUUGUUGAAGGAAUAGAAGUUAGGCCUAAGUAAGAGUAUUAAGCAAUGCGAGCAAGGUAUUUUACAUUUGGAUGGCAGAACAAUGUUUGAAGAUUUGAAGUCCUAACUUUUCAACAUAAUAUAUAUUGUUGUUCCAAACUGUUUCUUUGAUAAGUAGUUAUGCAAGUUAUAUUGUUGUCUGUGUGUAGUGGCCCAGUAUUUCGGGAUAUCUGUGUUGUGGAUAUCAGCUUCCUUCCUAGUGAGUUGAUUGUUCCCACUAUAUUAUAUAUUGUGAUUAUGUGAUAUUGUGUUGCAAUACAAAUGUGCUAAUUAUUGGUUAUGAACCCUCAACAAUGAAUGCAUCAAGUACUGAAUUAUUCCUAUUCCAGUGAUUU